GCCUGCCAACACCGGUUUACUGCUGCCUUCCCUGUUCUUUAUCCUCUCCCCUGGCCGAGCUCGUCCACCGAUCAUCGAGCAGAAUUGGCUUUUUCUUGGUGCUCCACGUUGCUUAGAGCGAGGAAAUUUCAGGUCUCCUCUGAGAAAUCGCGACUCUUUUUCGUUUUCUUUGGGAGCGGGCUGGUAAAAUUUUGAAGCUUCGUUCUUCCGAGUUCAUAAUUUGGUUCCUCUCCAGUAAUUUCUGAUGGCAUCUUGGUACUCUGCAUCAUGUUAUAUUGUUAUUUCUAUGAUAAAAAUCGAUUUUUUUAUGCUGAUUGCGGUAGAUCCUUGGCUUUUUUCGGCGGAGUUGGUUGACCUUGUAGCUUUUCUGCCCCCAGUUUUUGGUUCAUCCGUUUGUUUGAUGGAGCGCUCAGUCGAGUGGUUCCAAAAUCAUUUCUUUCUAUCUUUCGAAGUGCUUUGAUCUUCUGUAUCCCAUGCUUUUGAUGUCAAAAGAGCGAUCUUUUUAUCUUCCUUCUUUUGUGUUUCAAGUGGUUCGAGUUCUCGGCAUUCUUUGGGGGGGCAAUAUAUCUUAUUUACUGGGCUGGAUUUGGGUGUUUCAGCGAUCUAAAGCGACCAAAGGAGGCGACGAUCGAAGCUGUCCUGGUCAAAGAACGGAAGCAGUAUGCGGUGGCUGUGUCUCUCAGUCGAUGUUCUUCGGAAAGGCGUCUCCUUGAACUUGUACUGUCGGGUCAUACUGUAGCUCGACUUGCCUCUCCUCUGGCUCGCUCUUUAUCUCUGUUUCUGGUCUCAAAGCACUCUUGUGUUUCUCCUCCGAGUCCUUGUUGCUUUCUUCCUCAAUUCUACCGGGAUUUGCUCUUCUUCUUUCUGUAGAUUCAUCUGGUUUUGUUAUUCCUGUCCUUCUUCUCUGCAUCGCUUUUGGGUUUCUGGUGGACUGGUUCGAUCUUAAGCGCAAGAAAGAGAAGUAAUGGUGUGCCAAGCUGCGGCUCAGACGAGAUUCCGAGCAUUGAAACAUGAGAGUGGGAUUGCUGGUAGCUCCACCAUAAUCGUUAGGAUCAUAGCUUGCUUCCAGCCAUUACAGGAUUGCCAGGCCGAGUACUUCCGCCACCUCCUCAAGCCGGUCACGUAGAUUAGCUUCUGUUUGCUUUGCUGAAUAAGGCUGUGAUUAUUGCAGUUGCUAGUAGAUAAUCUUGUGGAAAUAACAUUUGAUCUUUGCUGAUUGCCACCGGUGCUUGCUUUGUGGGGAGUCACUGAUGAAGAAAUACCCUGAUCCUUGGGUCAAUAUGCCGCACUCAACAUGGCUGUUUAGUAGCUCGAACUCUGCUGCUGAUCUCCAGAAGCCGGAUAUCAGCCGACAGAAUGCGCCAUUCAGGGCGUUCCCUAACUACAUCAACCCCUUUGGCUGCUCCUCCUCUGGUGACGCUGCCGCACCGUUCCCUCGGAUUCCAGCGCGCAUAUCCGCUGAGACCAUGCCAACUUUGAAUCCUCCUGCAAUCCCCACCUUUGGCACACCGGAGUUUGCUGGAUCUCACAAGAGAUUUAUGGGUUUCAGUCAGUCAUGGGAUCAAACAAGCUUAAUUUUCAGCUCAUCAUGGAACCCAUAUCUGACUCUUAAUCCUACAAAUCAAAGCCUGGACCUUCAGGGGAGCAACGAAGUAGUUUCCGUUGGACACGGAGGAGAGGAGAUGCAUGAAGAUACCGAUGAAAUCAAUGCACUUUUGUACUCAGACUCCGAUGAUGAAGAUUACGGGGAAGAGGAGGCCAGCACAGGGCAUUCCCCGAUCGAGCCAACAGCAGGGAGCUCAUCGGAGGUAGCUAGCUCUGUCCUCCCUGUCAAGAGGAAGAGAAUUGACGUGGAUGAGCCUGAUGCUUUGCUUGCAGACACAGCAAGCUCCCACCAUCAUGACCUUGGUUUGGAAUUCAGGAACAGAAAUACCAACACCGAUGGUGAAUCGAGCUGUGUGAGGGGAGAGGACCAGGACCGCAAGCGGAUUAAGAGGGAGAAGAUACUAGAGACGGUCAGGGUUCUCAGGAGGAUCAUCCCAGGCGGGAAGGGAAAGGAUGCGGCCACCGUCCUCGACGAGGCCAUCUGCUAUCUGAAAUCUCUCAAGCUGAAAGCCAAGGCUUUAGGUGCUACGCCACUGUUGGAACUCCGGUAGCAUCCCCAUUAUCUUCUCCUACGUAUAAAUAUUAGUAUUGCAAGGUGGUAUUAACCGCAGUAGUAGUAGUGUUACCAGUUCUCUAGGUCAAUGAAGAAAGAAGCAAAAGGGAGAAGGCAAUGAGUUCUCUCCACACGGAUCCAAUAAUUGAAGGUGUGAAUCAGUACCGGAAGACCACAGCUUUGGUGGAGCGUGAGAACUCUCAGUGUCAUUGCUUUGACGGUGGGUGAGUGAGGAAGAUAUCAUGGUCCAAUAAAGCAUAAUUACGUCCUAGCCAUGGAGGAUUCCUAAUCGAUGCAAAGGGAGACCGAGAGAGGCCCCCCCCACCCCUUCCUUUUGACCAAAAGCGAAUGAUGCCGGGCAUGGAGAUCGCGCGUGUGCCAUGGAUUCGAUAGAGUGGGAGCGCGCCUGUGCAUGCGCGGUCGUUGGGUGGGUCGUGAUCGCUCUUCCUCUUCCAUGUUCCAUCUUUUCAUCCAGCUUUGUGCUGUAGUAGUAGUAGUAGCUUUAAGGGAGGGUUUAGAAACUGGAGGAGAUUGCUGCUUGACUCUACUGUUGCAUUCCACGAUGACUUUGAUGCUUGUUGACUUCAUGAUUAGCUUUGUUAAAGAAUGGUGUUUGGGGAGGACUGUGGACCACUCUGUGAGCUCUGUUCCCAAUUCGGGAGCCAGGCUGAAGUCCUCAGGUUCAGUGAGGAGUGCCAUGCAUUGAUGUGGGGCUCUGCUCGUGGAGCUUUGUGAUUACUACUGCUUCCUUCUCUCCUUCAGCUGCCACAGGCUUGACGUUGCCUGUGGUAGCUUAUCCCGGUCCUCAAGAGGCUCCCAUGGCAGCAUGGUGCUGCAAGUUCAUAGAUCUUAGGUGAUCAGAUUGAUGCAUGGCUUUUGUAUCUGCUGUCCUUAUUCCUUCUGCUUUAAUAUAAUUUGAUCACCAAAGUGGUGAAGACAGGUAGAGGACGUCCUGUAAUAUGGCUACAUAUCAAAGAUCUUUAGCGAAUACUAAACAUAUAAAUCAAGUCAUUACUAA